AGGGAGUAGAUGAGUGGUUGCCAUGGGGAGGAAAGAACUGGGAGGCAUGGGGUUUUUUCAGGGGUGACGGAAAUAUUCUAGAAUUAGUGCUGAUGGUCGCACAACCUCAUGAACAUUAAAACCAUUGACUUGUUCACAAAGGGCAAUUUUUGUGCUAUGUGAAUUAUAUUACAAUUUUUUGAAAAGUAGAUCUAUGUGUCCUCAUGUAUUCUAUGUCAAGGAAGCUUUUUUACCUUCUAGAUAAUACAAUUUAAAAAUUACCAGAAGAGUACAUGACAGCUACAUAUUAAAAAUUACAAUAAAGACCUGAGUGGUUGUUGAAACUAUUUUUCUGAAAAAUGACCAAAAAUGCUAUAAACAGUAACUUCCAUAUCAUAUUUCUUCAUUCAAAAUCCUGUGGAAAUUUGUAUUUCUCAAUAUGUCAUUGCUAAAUUUUUUAAAAAUUUCUGUUGUACUACUAUAAAUCUGGGUUGAAAUGUCUUUUAAAAUAUAAGUAAAAAUGGUAUUUUUGGUUAGUUUCCCAUAACCAUAGAUUAUGUAUUUAAUUUCAAAAUACCCUAUUUCUAACUGUUCAAAGAUAAAUUUUUAAAAUUAGACACUUUUGGAUUUGUUGGUUAGCACUAAUUGGUAUGUUUUAGGAGUAAAUACUACUUACUGGAAUUUAUACAAAUUAAGACAAAGUGAGAGGAUGUUUUCAGGAAAGGACAUAUAAUGCAAUUUCAAAACUUCUGGAAAAUAUAGAAAAAUACCUGUUUUAUGGCAAACUAAAUUUUCCCUGAUAUUUUUCUUUAAAAGUACUUAAGGUAACAAGGUAAAUACUUUGCUUUAAAAAUCUUUAGCUUUGUAUUGAUAUAGAAAUAACUUUUUAAUGCUCAAGUUCCCAGUUUUCUAGGAUAAAAAACUAAUUCCUUUUUAACAGCUUUCUUUUACUCCUUGAAAGUAAAUCCAGUUCAGUUGAUUAGUUGAUGCUAGAAUUUGACCUGAAGCUUAUAUAAUUAGAAGAGACACUAGUUUUCCUCAUUUAAAAGCCUAGUUAGCAUAUGACAAUCUCGUUUCCGGGGAAGUCAAACCUCUCCUGCUUUUUUUUUUUUUUUUAUAACCUUUAAAUUAAUUUAGAAUCCAGAUAAGCCUUGAUCUGAGGAUGAUAUAACCACAGCAAGCAACAUGGGAACCUCUAGAAAAAUCAGAAAGACUUCAUAAAACAUGAUGUGAUGUCUACCGGGAGAGACAGGCCACAAGGUCCAGAGAAGAAGGGGUGGCCUGAUCCAGGGACAAAGAGGAUGUAAUGUUGAAGAAUCAGCUGGAGGAAAGAAGCAACAGGCACCAUGGAAAAGACCAAAACAAAGCAAGGAGAGAAUGAACAUAUGCCGAUGAAUAACCCUUCCACACAGAUUUACCAGGCUUCGAAGUACAAGUCUUCCCUGAACCUGCCUCCGGUGGGAGCCCGCCUCCAGCGGCAGGAUGGAGGGAUCAUAACCUCUCUAGAGCAGCUUCAUGAAAAAAUCAACGAGAUGAGGAACGUGUUCAACUCGCUGGAGAACAAGUUGCAGGCCUUGGCCUCUGAACUCAAAACUGGAUUCACGGAGGCAAUGCAAGAACUGUCAAGAAUUCAACAUGGAGAAUAUGCUUUGGAAGAGAAGGUUAAGAGCUGUCGAUGUUCCAUGGAAGAAAAAGUUACUGAGAUGAAGAAUUCGUUGAACUAUUUCAAGGAAGAGCUGAGCAAUGCCAUGUCAAUGAUUCAAGCCAUCACUUCCAAGCAAGAAGAAAUGCAACAGAAAAUUGAACAACUUCAGCAGGAAAAGAGAAGGGAAUCUCGAAAAGUUAAAGCCAAGAAAACUCAGAAAGAAGAACAUGGCCCGCAGGCUGGGCCUGCUCAGGCACAAGGAAGUCCUUUCCGUUCGAUCAAUAUCCCUGAGCCUGUUCUUCCAAGUGAAGACUUUACAAAUCUUUUGCCUUCUCAGGCCUAUGAAAAAGCCCAAGAGUCCAGAUCCAUGCAUGUCGCAGACAGUAAUGUGAAGGGGAUGAUGGGUCCUGGGAUGAACCCAACAACUCCAGAAGCAGAAGAAAACCUGAAGUCUUGCCUCUCGGCUGAUAUCCAGCCCAAGAGCCAUCUCUCAUCUGGUGUGUGGAGGCAGCCAAAGGAUGGUAAAGAAUGGGGCGAGGAAUAUGUCACGAAAGACCACCCAGAUAAACUCAAGGAUGCUGGCCAGGGCAGACAUAGCUCCUUGGAAAAUGUUUUAUGUGAAACCUCUUUAGCUGCUAAAAGACAGACUGUGGCUCUAGAACUGCUUGAGUCAGAGAGAAAAUAUGUCAUUAACAUCUCUCUGAUCCUGAAGAUCAAGGCAACAUUCCAAGGGUCAGAUGGAAAGAGGAAUUCCAAAGAGAGAAGCCUCUUCCCUGGCUCUUUACGGUACCUUGUCCAGCAGCACCUUGAUUUGCUUCAUGCUCUGCAGGAAAGGGUCCUGAAGUGGCCACGCCAAGGAGUUCUUGGAGAUUUAUUCCUUAAGUUGACAAAUGAUGAGAACAAUUUCUUGGAUUAUUACGUUGCCUACCUAAGGGACCUGCCUGAAUGCAUCUCUUUGGUUCAUGUUGUUGUUCUGAAGGAGGGUGACGAAGAGAUUAAAUCUGACAUCUACACACUAUUUUUUCACAUAGUUCAGCGCAUCCCUGAGUAUCUGAUACAUCUGCAGAAUGUCCUGAAAUUCACAGAGCAGGAACACCCUGACUAUUACCUACUUCUGGUGUGUGUUCAGCGCCUCCGAGUAUUUAUCUCGCAUUACACCUUGCUGUUUCAAUGCAAUGAGGAUUUGCUUAUUCAGAAACGGAAAAAGCUCAAGAAGUCAUCCAUGGCAAAGCUGUACAAAGGGCUGGCUUCCCAGUGUGCAAAUACUGGACAAGAUGCUUCCCCUACUGCUGGCCCUGAGGCUGUCCGUGACAGUGGGAUCCACUCAGAAGAGAUACUGCAACCCUACCCUACUGCUCCCAGUUCUGGCCCUACUGUCACACAUUUGAUGCCCCCAGUGAAGAAGAGCCAACAACAGCAAAGCCUGAUGGAGAGCAUGCAGCCUGGGAAGCCCAGUGAGUGGGAGAUGGAGGGCAGAAAGCACGAGAGGCCCGAGAGCCUCCUGGCGCCGGCGCAGUUCUGUGCAGCUGAGCAGGACGUUAAGGCGCUUGCCGGGCCCCUGCAGGCCAUCCCCGAGAUGGACUUCGAGCCCUCGCCCGCCGAGCCGCUGGGCAACGUGGAGCGCUCCCUGCGCGCCCCGGCCGAGCUCCUGCCCGACGCCCGUGGCUUCGUGCCGGCGGGCUAUGAGGAGUUCGAGUACGGCGGCGAGAUCUUCGCGCUGCCCGCGCCCUACGACGAGGAGCCGUUCCAGGCCCCGGCCCUCUUCGAGAACUGCUCUCCCGCCUCUUCCGAGUCCAGCCUGGACAUCUGCUUCCUGCGGCCCGUCAGCUUCGCCAUGGAGGCCGAGCGGCCCGAGCACCCGCUGCAGCCGCUGCCCAAGAGCGCCACAUCUCCAGCGGGCAGCAGCGGCGCCUACAAGCUGGAGGCGGCGGCGCAAGCGCACGGCAAGACCAAGCCGCUGAGCCGCUCGCUGAAGGAGUUCCCGCGCGCGCCGCCCCCCGAGGGCGUGGCCCCGCGCCUCUACAGCACGCGCAGCAGCAGCGGCGGCCGCGCGCCGCUCAAGGCCGAGCGCGCCGCGCAGCCGCACGGCCAGGCCGCUGCCGCAGCCGUCGCCGCCGCCCGCGGCGCGCCCAGGACCUUCUUCCCCCAACAGAGGUCCCAAAGCGAAAAGCAGACCUAUUUGGAAGUAAGGAGGGAGAUGCAUUUAGAAGACACCACCAGAUUCUGUCCGAAGGAAGAAAGAGAAAGCGAACAAACAUCUUUCAGCGAUCAAAACCCCAGGCAAGACCAGAAAGGGGGCUUUCGCAGCUCCUUCCGCAAGCUCUUUAAAAAGAAGUCCAGUGGAUCAGAAUACAGGGAAAAAACUAAUGAGAAUCCCUCAAUGGAUCCUUCACCCACCAAACAAGAUUUCUUCAGAAACCGACUUGCUCUUGCAAAUGACCUUGACCAAGGAACAGCUGUGUAAAACAUAUUUAAAGUUGUAUUGUCAAGUGGUAAGAUGAGGAUAAAAAGCCUGUAUAUAUCUGUGUAGGAAUAUAUAUACUUAUAUAUAUUGAUGUAUAAAUCCCUGAGAAAAACUAGUAUAAAUACUUACAUAUGAAACUAAAUCAACAUACAAGACCCUGAAGAGAUGAAGAUUAGUCUAUGGGUGAGAGCUGGCUUUUUGAACCUCAGCACUUGGAAAAAGGGAAAUGAAGACUUUUCACAGCUUUACAGAAACACAGUAAAUUUGGAAGAAAAUAAAUGUUUGUAAGAACAAAAACUUCCAACUUGAAGUCAUUCCCCCAGUAUAAUACUGAGCAUGUAACGUGGAUGUGAGUUUUAUGCUUCCUAGGCACUUACCUUAGGAAUUCAUCCCAGUAUUCUCAGGCUAAUACACACGAUGCCAGGGGCCAGUUCUGUCUUGCCAUAUGUCUUCCAAAAACCCAAGCCAAUACCUAACAUCCCUUGAGGCAAAGGAUCAAUUAACAGAGUUGUGUUUUACAUGUUGCCAAUCUGAGUUGUGGAGAAUUUGCACUUAAGCCAUAAUAUAGGAGGUUCAAAGCUUAUAGACACAUUGCUCUCUGAACAGGAAGAGACCCCGGAGAGUAGUAUUUCUCUUGUUCUGUGGUUAUGAAAAUCAGUACAGGGAACAAAGAUUUCUCUUGAAUCCGGGAGGCCAAAGAAACAUUUUCCCUUGUGUGGGUUGUGCUGCUGAUGAGAACAGUGCAGAGUCUGUGUGUUACUGAGUAUUCAGGACUCAAAGAUCCCUUAGUGAUCCUGAGUGUCCCAUUCACUCAUGAACGGAUGGAUUGGGGGGGAAAGCACUUCUCCAGCUACAUCCUCUUUUUAAAAAGAUUUUCUUCAGUCUGGAAAGAAGGGGCAACAACAUCAGUGCUUUAGUGGCUCACACACAGGGGUUGCUCCAAAAUACCAAGUCAGAAUGAAAACUUAGGGCUGGCAAUACCUUAUUCUGUUUUUUAGAAGUAAGCUGUAAAAAAAACCCAGCGUUCUUAUAGUUGAGACAGAGGAAUCAUUGCAGUGAGGGUGGCCUGGGUAUGGGGUGUUAGAAUGUGCUCGUUUCUACAUAGAGAUGUCCAAGAUGGUCCGCAUCCUUGACAUGCCUCGAACUAAGAAUAACAGAAAAAAAUGAGGUUUAAACAAUUUGUCUCUCUUCCCAGACAAUCAUCUGUAAUAAAUUAGAGGCAUUUGGUGACUGCUCAUUCAGAAUCUUGGUACUCAGACCAACUUCUUGAGGGGCUGUUCCUCUAGGAACAUGUUAUUUCACAGAAUCGGGGAAAUUCUACUUUUGAGUGUUAAACAGGUUUUCUUCUGCUUGUCUGAUGAUUAGUUAGGAACUCAUCCAUUAUCCACUUUGAACAAUAGGUGAUCUGGAACACUUAAAAGAUCACUGCCAAGUUUGGGGAGUUUCCAGUAUUUAGGUGUAAGCCAAGCUUUUCAUUUUCCUGAAAUUCAUGAACCCCUUGAAAGCCAGAUUUCUCCCCAUGAGGAGGCUGAAGAUGGUUUUGGGGCAGUGCCCGAAAGCACAGUGCAGAGAUGACUGCACCUGGAAAGUGAAGUACGAGUCACAGUCUUUUAAGUAAAAUGUAAAAACAAUAACAUUUCUGUCCCCUUCAUAAUGUUGAUCAUUAAAAUGAUCGACUACUGGGAAGGUUUCAAAACUGUCACACACCUCCUAAAUUUUCAUUUUGAUAACAUCCUUUGAAAAAGUCUUGGUGUUACAUCUGUAGCACAACUCAAUUUCAUUACAGUUUAUGAAACUAACCUGUAACUCUAGUAAUAAUUAGUGCUGCUCUUCUCUGGGUCUCCAUCACCCAGAAUUUGGGUUUUUCUGGUAAUUUUCUAACUGCCCCCAAGUACUGUCUGUGCCCAUCAGUCCUACACAUCUCUAACACAUUAAUAUUCCCAAAUACUGCAUUGUGUGAAACUCUUUGAAUGUUCUUAUUUGUCAAAUUCUGAACUCCUUGACUUGACCUCCAAGGCUGUCCAUAUCUGCAGUGUGGCCACCAGUCCUCUAUCUGGCUGCCAUCCCCCACUUCACAGGCCUGCUGGGCGGCGUGCCUCCGCGGAGCUGGGCUCUUACCGCUGGCUGGCAGGCCAUGCCGCCCUGCCUCACUCCUUUCCCCAGCCGCCUUCCUCUUUGCCAGUCUUCGAGGUCCAGCUUAAUUAAGUCCCUCAUCUUCCUGUGAUCUCUGGUGCUGUAACUUGUCUAUCUUUUGAUGCGCUUUGUCUUGUCUUCCUGAGAAGAAUGUAAGUCCCUUCAAGGGCAGGAACUACAACAAACUAUGACGUAUCUUUUUAAAUUCCUUUCCACCUCUUGAAUAGUACACAGUAAGCUACGGAGAAUAAUUUCUACUCAGAAUCUGACAGAGAGUCAUUCCUCAUUGAGGUUGUUGCUUUACCUUCCUGCCUUUUAAUUUUUUUU